UACAGCCUUUCGAGUUGAGGAUCACUGGUUUAGAGUCUCGUCGUUGCCAUGGACACGGGUCAUCUCGUCACGACGGGAAGCAGACGGAAUCAUUUCCGGGUCCUAAAGGUCUCUGUCGUCCACGUGAAUGAAUGAAAUGUGCAAAACGAAUUCCGAUGAAGUGCUCUUUAUUUCUGAAACGAUUGCACCUUCAGUCCAGAUGACUGUUGUCAUUGAUCAGGCGAAGCGGCUUGCUCUACAACGGGACAUUGAUCUGGAAUCUCUCCCAAAGCAGCUCUCAAAGCUCUCCACGGCUCUUGUGCAAAGACCUGAGGAGAAGAUGAAAAUGAAAAUUGAGAAUCUGACACAUGAGAAUGUUGAGAAGAAAAUCAAGAAAUGCAAGAAAGAACCAACCUCACCGACAAAAAUUAACGACCCCGCAGUUGCUGACAGGACAGCACAGCGUAUAGAAAAGAAAAAGAAGAAAGUAAAAAAAGAGGACUCGGUUGUUGAAGUCCAGGAGUCUUUCGAAGUAGGUGAGGAGGAGAAAGAGAAAAAGAAGAAAAUGGUGAAUGGUUGUGAUAUAAUCAAUGGAAAUGGCAAAGAAACAAAGCUAACUGACUGUCAAGAAGGACCUGAGAAAACAAGUCAUGAGAAAAAAUCAAAGAAUAAAACUCAUAUUAACGAGGAAAUUGUUACUCCAGUCGAUGAGAACAUAGCAAAGGAAGCCAAGAAAGAAAAAAAUGAGGUUCAUGACAAGAAGGUGGCAAAGAAAGCCAAGAAAGAAAAAAAUGAGGUUCAUGACAAGAAGGCGGCCAAGAAAGAACAAAAUGAGGUUCAUGACAAGAAGGCGGCCAAGAAAGAACAAAAUGAGGUUCAUGACAAGAAGGUGGCAAAGAAAGCCAAGAAAGAACAAAAUGAGGUUCAUGACAAGAAGGCGGCAAAGAAAGCCGAGAAAGAACAAAAUGAGGUUCAUGACAAGAAGGUGGCAAAGAAAGCCAAGAAAGAACAAAAUCAGGUUCAUGAUACUAAUGGUUAUCACGUGACUGAUGACAGUCUAGUCGUCAAAAAGAAGAUGAAUAAGAAACGAGAAAAAGAAAAAAGUGAGUGUAAAAAGAAAAAGCGGAAAGAUAGCGAAACACAAACAAAACAUGAAACUGUUUGGCAGCAGGAAGAAGCAGACAACGUACUAAAGACAACCAAGAAACAACAAAAUAAGACGCCACAUACGAUUGCAGAGGACAAUCUUAAACACAAGAAAAAGCGGAAAAAGAUCACAGCGGAACAGGAUGAAACAACUGCAAAAAAGAAGAAGAAAACCGCUGAACCGAAAUUAGCGGGGAGUCAAGUGGCCACAGAAACACCUGAAGAGGUUUGUGAGCCGAAGCCGAAGAGGAAAAAAAAGAAGAAUGCUUCACCGGACAAUGACAAAUCUGAGGAUUCCAAUAAAGAAGCAGCACGGGAAGAAAAAGCCGCAAAGAGUGACGCGGGCGUCGAGGAGGGUGAGACUAAACGAAAGAAGAAAGGAGAAAAGGCCAAAAAGAGAAAGUCUUCUGAGCUCGACACACGAGACGAGACUGCAUCGACAAAGAAGAAGAAACGAAAAGUAGAAGAGCCGAAACAGGAGGAAACAGUAGACCGGGAACCGAGCAAAAAAAGAAAAAGGAAGAGUUCUGUUGAGGUAGGGAAUCACCUGGAGGAAGUGUAUCCUGACUCCAGCAUGAAAGAGAAGAAGAAAGAGAAGAAGAAGAAGGAGGAGAAGAAGAAGAAGAAGAAGGGAAUGAAAGAAGAGUUGGACAAUCACGUGGAUGUUCCCCACGGGGAUGUGGUCUUCUUGUCAGAGAAGAGCGGAAACACUGACGAGCUGAACAUCAACCAGGAAAGGCGACAGGCUUUACAGAUGGAAGUCGAUAAGGCCUCUUACCCUCAAAAGGUGGCACAACCUUCAGGGUUUGGUCAGUGGAGCACCGCACAGUUUGAAAGCUCUCAGCAGCAGCAGAAGUUCCUCAGGUUGAUGGGCGGCUUCAAGAAGGACUCGCAGCCAGCUGCGGCUGAAAGCCCGAGAACGGCAAAUAUGGCACUGGGCAAGAACGGACAAGAGCGUCUGCAGCAAGGACUCGUUGAAGAGUUUGAGCGGGCACACUCGCGCCGAGUAGACUUCAACAGCAGAGGUGUGGGACUUGGGUUUUGUGAAUCGACCAAAAAGAAAUUCUUUAUCGACAAGAAUCUACGUCGAUCUGUCCGCUUUGAUGACUGAGUAGCGCUAGGUCUGAAAAAAGGUGGAGUUUGCAGUUUUCAAGAUACUGGCAAGAUUUGCAUGUUGCCUCGAGCUUCACUCUUCAGGAUCCCUGACCAAAACCACACGCCCUCACUAACAUGCAUCAGACAUGCUCUCUGCGUAGGAGAGCACCGUUAACAUGCUUACCCAUGAUGUUUUGGGAGAUGACGAAUUCCAUUUUUGUGCGGGUGUGCGUGCUAACCAGAGAUAAAUAAUCUGCCCAAGAAAUUACAAGCGCGAGCGUCAGACUAUGAGCCACAGACUGAGUUUACGUGGUAUGACUGCGUGUGUGGCAGCAAUUGGCACACAACUGGGUCACGCUUUCUGUCACAACAGUCCCUGGUAGGCCAUUCUUUACAAAUAACACUUUCAAUGGCUUAUUUUAAUUAGAGAUGGCUUUAUGCAUCCCUAAACAUGUUUUUCAUGCUGAUUUUUAAAAAAUGACGUUUUUCUCCCACGUGUUGUACCGAAUAGCUGUGACAUUUCAGAAAAAAAUGGUCACAGAUUCGAACCCUUAAUUUUAUAAAUAAUAUAAUUACAAAUAACAAUUCUAUUUUAUGAAAACCUGAUGUGAGACAGAUUGAGGGUUUGUUUGUAUCUCUGCUGACCAGCGUAAUUAAUAAAAUACAAUUAGCGGCAUACCAUGGGGCCUGAUGAUUUUUCAAAAGAUCAUUGUAGUAAUAAUGCAUUGUCAGAUCAUGCAGAUAGUUUUAACAUUCAACUUUUUGUACUGCAAACUCCAGCGUUAUUAUUUUAAGUGUUGUCUUCUUUCAGUUACAUCAAGCGUUUCCUGUAAAUAAACAAAUGCUACACCACUAUUCUUUGGAUAUUUUUUCCAACUGUGAAGAUGCAAUCGCAAGGCAAAGCUUAAGAAAAUUCUUUUCAUUUCAUUUCAUUCUUGCAAACAUCUUCAGUAAGACAAGUGUUCAUUUCAAAAAAAUAUUUUCUCCUUGUGUGUACGGAAUCAAGUAAUUUAACUCAGUGAAACUGAGACAAAUGGAAUCGAUGGUGUGUGCUGUGGAAAAUGAGCACCAAAGAUGUACACCAAGUCAUGCAAUGGGCCAUUUUUAAAAGUAAUUAAAAUGCUCUUUAAUGCAGGUCAGACUGCAAGAUGAGCCUUGAGUUUGUCAGUGGUGCAACUUAACGGCCAUAAAAAAAAAAUUAAAAAGCAGUGUGCUUUUACUUUGUGUCCAUUGUAUAUUGCAAUUGACUCUUAAGUUG